AAAUUUGACAACGGCGAAUGGUUUGGCAAAGAAGUGGCGAAAAGGAGAAAAAUUGAUUUGUGAUUUUUUCUUCACCGAGAAAAAGGUGAUUUUCCGUGUAUUUCCGGCGUAGGAAGCAGCGGCAAACGCAAGAUGAUCAACAUCGCGACCCGAGCAGCCAAUUUGCCGCAAUAUCUGAGGGCAACGUCGCAAGUUGUGGCCUCCGGACUGAAGCCUGUGGCUGCAGGUCUUCCACCACUCAAGGAGGUCUCCGUUGCGGGUGCUGUGGUGCCCGCUACGAGUGCCACUCUCAAUGCUCAGCUCCCUAAGCAGGUGGUGAGCGUGAAAUCCGGACCAUUGGUCACGACGCAGGUGCGAUUUGCACAUACGGAUCUCCAGGUGCCGGACUUCUCUGCCUACCGUCGGGAUUCCGUGAAGAAGGCCAACAGGAAGGAUGAUAGUGCUGAAGAUAGGAAAUCCUUCACCUACCUCGUCGUCGGGGGUAGUCUCGUGGGUAGUGCAUACGCCGCCAAGGCUCUUGUUACGCAGUUUGUCAGCUCCAUGAGUGCAUCAGCUGAUGUGCUGGCUCUGGCUAAGAUUGAGAUCAAACUCUCCGACAUCCCCGAAGGAAAGUCAGCAACAUUCAAGUGGCGCGGAAAGCCCCUCUUCAUUCGUCACCGGACAGCUGAAGAAAUUGCCACUGAGCAAUCUGUCCCUCCCAGCUCCCUACGUGAUCCACAAGCUGAUUCCGAUCGAGUUCAGCGAUCAGAAUGGCUGGUUGUAAUUGGCGUUUGCACACAUUUGGGAUGCGUCCCAAUUGCCAAUGCUGGUGACUUUGGUGGCUACUACUGUCCAUGCCACGGAUCCCACUACGAUGCAUCAGGACGCAUCCGGAAGGGACCAGCUCCUCUCAAUCUAGAAGUACCCUUCUACACCUUCCCCGACGACGGGACGCUUAUUGUGGGCUAAAUUGCACAUCCAUCUGUGUAGCCGGAAGCAUCGAACACACCAGGUAGGGGGUGUCAAUAUUUCCGCUCUUUAAAUAAUAAUAAAAAAAAUGUUUUACCAACAAAAGAAAAUAUUACAUUUCGUGAAGGCACACAGAUUGGUGUUUAGAUGAAAAUGUGUAAAUUAUUACAAUUAAAAUUAAACAAUUUAAAAAAAACCAA